AUGUUCUACACCGUGGAGAUUGAGGACAGAAUCAAAGUUUCCUUAGAAAGUAGCCUAGAAAAGGAAAGAGAGGUUUUUGAAGAGCUGAAGAGAAAAUAUGUUGGAAGAGUGCUAGAAGAUGGUAGUAUAUGUGUGCUUGUGGUGAGAGUGGCAAAUGUUCAUGAAUAUAAGGUGUGCGAUGAAUUUCUGGUGGCAAGAGUGGAAUUUGAAGCACUGCUCUUCAAGUUUUUCAAGUAUGAAGUGGUGUGUGGAACGAUAUUGGAGCAGAAUGAGGAUGGAAUAAAGCUUGGUGUGCCCUUCUUCUCUAGUCUUUUUGUUAAGAAGGGAGACCUACCGGACAUGACGGAAAAGGUGCAUGUGAGUGAUUGUGGAGAAAAUCAGCUUGCUUGGGUGUGGAUAUACAGAGGGAACAAACUGUACUUCAGAAGGAAUGCUUGUGUAAGAUUCCGAGUUCUAGGCUGUAAGGAGAAGUCAUCCCUUGUUUUGUGUAGCCUCGGGGAGGCCGGAUUAGGUCCAUUGGAAUGGUGGGUGUGA